AUGCAAGGCAGGGCUGGGCAGCCUGGGGAAGGCAUCACCCACCAUGGCCAGGGUGCAGAUGGAGGUAGGACUCUGCCGACGGUUUCCUGGGACAGUCCAGAUAUCCAGGUGAUGAAGGAGAGGCUGCGCCGGGGGACAGAGGAGGACUCCAAGUUGGUGCAGCAGUACGUGCCGGGGGUCCGGGUGGAGUUCCCACGGCCCUUGAACUCUGCCAGCCUACACCCAACCAAGGCCAUGCUGCCAUCCAGCACGGACCCAUCUGAGCAGCAACAAGGGGUCCCCACGGACGGGGAGGGGGCAGAGCCGCGAGCCAACCUCACCACCGUGUCCGACAAGCGGUUGCAAAUCCAGAACCCCUUGUACCCAGUGACGGAGAACUCCUACAGCGCCUAUGCCGUGAUGUUCCUGUCCCUCAUCGUCUUCGCAGUGGGCAUCAUCGGAAACCUCUCCGUGAUGUGCAUCGUGUGGCACAACUACUACAUGAAAAGUGCCUGGAACUCCAUCCUGGCCAGCCUGGCUUUCUGGGACUUCCUCAUCCUCUUCUUCUGCCUGCCUGUGGUCAUCUUCAAUGAGAUCACCAAGAAGAGGUUGCUGGGGGACCUGUCCUGUCGCAUCGUGCCCUUCAUGGAGGUAUCGUCGCUGGGAGUCACCACCUUCAGCCUCUGCGCCCUGGGCAUCGACAGGUUUCAUGCGGCCACUAGCCCCCAGGCCAGCGCCCGGCCCAUCGAGCAGUGCCAGUCCAUCAUUGCCAAGCUGGCUGUCAUCUGGGUGGGCUCCAUGACGCUGUCGGUGCCAGAGAUCCUGCUCUGGCAGAUGGCACAGGAUACAUCGCCCGUGUCUGGUGUGGCGACGGAGUAUUGUGCCAUGAAGCCCUCGUCCAAUCUUCCUGAGUCCAUCUACUCGCUGGUACUCACCUACCAAAAUGCUCGGAUGUGGUGGUACUUUGGUUGCUACUUCUGCUUGCCCAUCCUCUUCACUGUGAGCUGCCAGUUGGUGACCCGGAGGAUCAGUGGCACCGAGAAGAAGACGGAGUGCCGAGGGACCAAGCACAGCCAGUGCGAGAGUCACUUGAACUGCACCAUCAUCGGGCUGACCAUCAUCUACGGGCUCUGCACCACCCCUGAGAAUGUCUGCAACAUCGUGGUGGCCUACAUGUCCCCUGAUAUGUCCAAGCAGACCUUGGACCUGCUCAACCUCAUCAACCAGUUCUUCCUGUUCUUCAAGUGCUCGGUGACCCCCGUCCUACUCCUGUGCCUCUGCAGACCCCUGGGCCAGGCCUUCAUGGACUGCUGCUGCUGCUGCUGUGAGGGCUGCGGCCCCGACACUGCCUCCAGCGAGGGCAGCGCCGACAGCAAGCUCAAAACAGAGAUGUCCUCCUCCAUCUUCUUCGACAAGCCCCGGGAGUCCCCUCCACCCCUCCUGGCCCUUGGCACGCCUUGCUAAGUGUAACCGGGGAGCUGUAGAGAUCGGUCCACCACCUCCUCCCAAGACCAAAUGUUUUGCCAUUAGUGCCCGUGUCUGGACGUGGAGUAAGCAGAAGAGACAGCUCAGGGGGCUUUGCCAUGGGCUUCAAACCCCAUGUUGGGCAAGUGGGGCUUGAAACCCCAGUCCCCGUGGCUACAUACCUUGCCUCUGCCCAAAGGCCAGCAAGGACAUCAGCACCCUCCCAUCCUGGCUGCCUGGCCAGGCUCAGAGGGGUUGCUGCUCUGGAGAUGAAGUUGUGCCAGAAAGGUCUCAUCUGAAACUACGGAGGGUUUCCAUGGCGGCUUGCAGAGGACAUAGCAAACACAAACUGCCCUCGUCCUGUCCCGUCCCCUCCUGCCAGCCCCCUCCACAGUAGGAGAAGGUCCCAGUG